AUGUCGUUCUUUACAUCAAGCUCGAUGGACAAACUGGGGUCUCGUUUGGCCUCCUUGGUGUCCUCCGCCUCGGAGAAAGUCAAAGAGGCGGCAGAGCGCACCAUAACCAAGGAAACUCCACUGGAGAAGAAUCUGCGGGAGGCAUUGAGCGACAAGAACUGGGGUUGCGCGACUUCUAUCUUGUCAGAGAUUGCUAGAGCUUCCUACAACUACUCCGACUGUGUUUCCAUAUCCAAGACGAUGUGGGAUGCCAUAGGAGAGCCUCCAAAGCGGUGGCGCAGGAUAUUUAAAGGUCUGACAAUGUUGGAAUAUAUGCUUAAGAACGGUACAGAAAAGUUUGCAGAAGAGGCGAGAGACAGGAGUUAUCUCCUUCGGACUCUUCAGAGUCUCAGUUGGUCAGAGGAAGGAAGAGACAAGGGCGCAGGCAUUCGGGAGAAGGCAGGGAUCUGCACCACUCUAGUAUUUGAUGCCGCAGAAUUGAAGGCAGCACGAGAAGAAGCGGCCAAGAAUCGAGACAAAUACAUCGGCAUCUCCUCAGCUUCCUCCAUGGCAUGCCGCAGUAGCAGCAGGGGCCACACUGCAGCAACCGGACUGGGGAGCGACAGCCGUUAUUCUUCAAACAGAGAUCCGUACGAGCGUCGCACAGCUUCCUUAGAGGAGAGCAUGGGGUCCAGUCGCAACAGUCGAGGUGAGGAGAGUACUCCGCGCGUUGCAGAUGUGCCGUCUUCUGCGAACAAAGAGAAGCACAGAGCCUCCGGAAAAAAAGAAGGAGCAAAGAAGAGUGACGCAGCCUCUCCAGAAAACUCGAAGGCCUCUCCCGUGGCAAAGUCUCGGUGUCGUAUCACCGUUUUGACGGAUGUUGCGAUCUGCAGGCAACAGGCAGAUCUUCUAGGAUUCGACAGUCCGCCUAUUGGCACGCAGGCGACUUCCGUGGAGGCCUCUUCCUUCGCGUCAGGUAAGGCUUUUUUCCUUCCCAUUUUGUUGCUUUCAAAUGGGGGUGUGGUUGCCGUACAGAGAGAGCCGGACUCCUCUCUUCUUAGCCUUCAUGCCUCUAGAGUGCAACUGGAUGUUUACGUAGCUGUGUCAGUUACUGUUUAUCACUACUGCCUCUGCAUAUGUCACUUCGCGCUGUCACGAUCCCCUGUACUUAAUGCACCGCGUCCCUUGUUUCUCCCGGAUGCAGGAAACGUCUGGUGCGAAGCUCCAGCUGCUGCUGGGGAUCUUUCGCUGGACUCGGCUUAUAACUUUGAGGCCUUUCUGCCUCCCCCUCCCCCCGGCGCAGGAGCUCCUAGUGGGCCCCCCCCCCCCGCGGAGCUUCCUGGAGCCCCUCGGACUACUGGGGAUAUUGGAUCAGAUGAUCUGUUUGGAUGCUUUCAAGCAGCUAGUCCUCCCACAACGACGGGAAUGUCAGGCAGCAGCAACCCACUAGAUGCAGUGGCUGCUGCAUUUGCUGCUCCUGCAUCGCCUCCUGCAACAGCAGGCUGGACCAGUGGUACGUCUACGGGGGGUAAAGGCCUCGGCACAUCUUCUCAUGAUGCCUUACAGGGCCUCCAGCAACUCAACACAGAACCCCCUACCAACACGCCGGCGCUCUUCACGCUUGCAAAGCCCUCCCCUACCCCUGCUGCUGCACCACAGUGGCAGCAGCCGUUCACAAUGGGAAACAGGAGCAAUCAUAAUGCUACCAACAGCAUCAAUGCGUUACCGGAUCCAUUCAGUGUCAGCAGCAGCGGCACGACGUCGCAAACUUUCACCAUGGGCACCAGCAGUAGCAAGCAGCAGCAUGCAACGGGAGCUAGACAUUUAGCUUCACGCCCCUUAGCCGUGGUUGGAACUGCAACGCAGCCUUGGCAGCAACAGGCGGCUGCUGGCAGCUUCGCGUCUUUGGAGCCUGGCCUUUUCUAG